AUGGCGACCGCGUACAACCUGAGGUCCCGCGACGAGCCGGACGACUUCGACGAGUUCGACUCCACGCCCUACGGCGGCGGCUACGACCUCUUCGUCACCUUCGGCCGCCCGCUCCCGCCCUCCGACGAGACCUGCUACCCCUGCUCCGCCCCCUCCACCUCCUACGACGCGCCCCACUACGCCGCCGAGGAGCCCUCCCCCUACGCCCACCACCAGAAGCCCCAGCCCGCCUACGGCUUCCGCCCCCAGAACGAGCAGCCCUCCUACGGCCGCGAGGACGACGACUCCGGCUACGGAUCCAAGCCCAAGCCCAAGCCCAAGCCCCAGCCCGCAUACGGCUUCCGCCCCCAGGCGGAGGAGCAGCGCCCGUCCUACGGCGGCGGGGGCGAGGAGGACGACUCCGGCUACGGAUCCAAGCCGCAGCCGGCCUACGGCUUCCGCCCCCAGCAGGAGGAGCAGCCGGCCUACGGCUCCGGCUACGGGUCCAAGCCCCAGCGCUCCGAGGAGGACACCUACGGAUCCGGCUACGGCCGGAAGCCGCAGCAGCAGGAGGAGCCCGCCUACGGGUCCGGGUACGGCUCCGGCUACGGGAGGAAGCCGCAGGCCGAGGAGAGCUACGGAUCUGGGUACGGGAACGCGACGCAGCCGGAGGAGGGCUACGGCUCCGGAUACGGGUCCAAGCCGCAGGUGGAGCAGACCUACGGCGGAUCCGAGUAUGGCUCUGGGUACGGAAGGAAGCCGCAGGUGGAGGAGAGCUAUGGGUCGGGGUACGGAAGCAGGCCCCAGGGAGGGGGAGAGGAGUACGGUAGCGCUGGGUAUGGCGGGAGGAAGACUGAGGAGGAGGGCUAUGGUGGUUCUGGGUAUGGAUCUGGCAGGAAGGUGCAAGGCGAGGAUGAAGGUGCCUAUGGGUCUGGUGGGUACCAGAAGCCCAAGCCGUAUGGAGAGGAGACCCAGGGUUCAUAUGGUGGUGGGUAUGGCCAGGGGAACUAUGGCCGCAAGAAGCAGGCGACUCUGAUGAUGAGAAGAAGAACCGUUACGCGAAGCGCGAUGACUCUGAUGAUGAGAAGAAGGAACGUUACGAGAAGCACCACCACCAUCGCCGCCACAACUACGAUGACUAAGCAUCCAGCAUGGUCUUGA